AUGGUGAUUCUGAGGACCAAUUUUAUCAAGUGUGUGGUCAUAGGAGACGAUGCUGUGGGUAAAACCAGCAUGUUGGUGUGUUAUGCCACAAAUAAAUUUCCAGAGACACAACAUGUUCCCUCGGUCUUCGAUAACUAUGCGGGUAACAUUUGCAUAUCUGGAAAGCGAUACCACCUACAGCUGAUAGACACGUUGGAACAGGACCCAUGCUCUGAUGUUACCCAGAACGUAUUUCCUGGAACCGAUGUGUUUGUGGUGUGUUUCUCUGCCGUCAGACCCGAGUCCUUCAGCAAUGCCGAAAAGAAAUGGAUACCGAUUAUAAAACGACAGAUGGGAGAUACUCCUUUCAUAUUGGUCAAUACACAAACUGACCUCCGUAAGGACGAUAGCGUGGUUGAGGAACUACGGCGAUGUGGCCGGAGUCCUGUAUCCAAGUCUGAUGGAGCUGCUAUGGCGAGGCGACUUGGUGCAUCUUGUUACAUCGAAUGCUCACCAGACGGUCAAAAGAAGAUGAAACAGUUGAUCAACAAUGCCAUUGUAUCAGUACUUAGCCCUGCCGGUUAUAAGAUAGAGGGACAACCAUGUACCAUACUGUAA